AUGCAUUUCCCAGCACCCCGAACGAAGGCAUCCUCAGCAUCCUCAACCCAACCCACGCUCCCACACGUCCUCUCCCUUUCACCACCCCCACAGUCCCUCUUCUGGCCGGUGCGUGCGGUCGACCCCGUCUCUUCCCUCUUCUGGUCGGUGCGUGCGGUCGACCCUGUCUCUGUGCGCUGCCUGCUCGCUAGCUCACUCUCCCCUCACCUCCUCUCUUCUUCUUGGCGUGUUGCUCACUCUCCGCUCACCUCGCUAGCUCGCUGUCUCUGUGCGCCACACAGCCCAUCCACUCCCUCCACUCUCACCCCAAUUUCUACCCUCUCCUACACACUCCCCCCUCCCCCUCCCCUCAUUUUCAACCCACGCAGUCCCUCUUCUGGUCUUCUCUCGUCUGGUCCAUGCGAGUGGUCGACCCCGUCUCUGAGCGCCACACAGCCCAUCCACUCCCUCCACUCUCACCCCAAUCUCCACCCUCUCCUACACACUUUACAACCGUAUGUUCAGACAUUCCUGGUGCUCGCUGGAAUGUCUGAACAUACGCUCACCCCAAUCUCCACCCUCAAUGUGUAUGAGAGUGGUCGACCCCGUCUCUGUUCAUCGCCCAUCCACUCCCUCCACUCUCUCCUGCUCCCACCUCCUGAACCUCACAAUCCCACCCCUUUCCCCCCUCCCUUUCACCACCCCCCACAGUCUCUCUUCUCGUCCGUGAGAGUGGUCGACCCCGUCUCUGCGCGCCGCCCGCCAGCUCGUGCCGCCCAACCUCUGCCGCCCGACUUUCUGAUUCUCAGGCUGUGGCAGCAGGUCGACGUCCCACUCAUUGUCUACGUUCAUCCUCUCUCCCUCUUCUGGCGCUCCUGCCGCCACCUCAUCUCCCACCACCGCCCCUUCACUGCUGCCCCCCUGUCCCUGUACACUUUCCCCCUGCCUGCCCGUUUCCUGCCUGCCCCAUUUCUCCCUGUCUCCUUCCGUCCCCCAACCAACAGGUCGACAUCCCACUCAUUGCCUACGUGCAUCCACUCUCCCUCUUCUGGCGCUCCUGCCGCCACCUCAUCUCCCACCACCGCCCCUUCACUUCUGUCCUUCUCUCCUCUGUCCCCCUUCUCCCUACAGGUCGACAUACCUCUCAUUGCCUACGUGCAUCCCCUCUCCCUCGUCUGGCGCUCCUGCCUCCACCUCUGCUCAUCUCCCACCGAAUCCCCCUGUCUCCCUUGCACCCUUUCCCACCCCACCCAUCAGACCAACAUUCCACUCAUUGCCUACGUGCAUCCUCUCUCCCUCUUCUGGCGAUCGCGCCCUCUCCACUGCCCCAUUUCUCCCUGUCUCCUUCCGUCCCCCAACCAACAGGUCGACAUCCCACUCAUUGUCUACGUGCAUCUCCUUUCCGUCUUCUGGCGCUCCUGCCGCCACCUCAUCUCCCACCACCGCCCCUUCACUUCUGUCCUUCUCUCCUCUGUCCCCCUUCUCCCACAGGUCGACAUCCCAAUCAUUGCCUACGUUCAUCCCCUCUCCCUCUUCUGGCGCUCCUGCCUGCAACUCUUCUCCCACCACCGCCCCUUCACCGACAUUCCACUCAUCGCCUACGUGCAUCCCCUCUCCCUCUUCUGGCGAUCCUGCCUGCAACUCUUCUCUCACCAUCGCCCAUUUGCCGCCGCCCCUCUCUCCCUGCCGCCUGACCGUUUCUCCACCGCCACGCUCCUCCUCGCUCCCUCAGAGAACCUCUAUCAGGCCUUCAUGACUCGUCUAUCAUCGCCUCUCUUUCCGACCGACUCCGCAAAUCCUUUCCUCAACGCCGCGUACUCUUCCUGGUUCAUAUUCCCCUUCCUUUUCCCCCUAUCCCCUUCACCCCAUCACCAUCGCAGGCCUUCAUGA